GAUAAUAUUUCGUCCUCUCUUUUGUGCUACAACAUUAUUGUAGAGGUUUAACAGGAAACGACGUAACGUCAGAAGAGCUGGGUCAAGUUCCGCGUCUACUCUCCAGUGUUCGCCUUUCCAGCAACGAUGCACGUAAAUGGCCCGUCUGCAGUUCGCUUAUCCAAUCAAACUCCCGUUUGCUGUUACCAGGAAGUAGAAGGACGCCCUAGUUCUUGAACUGGUUGAGCUACUGCGUGUUAACGGACAGUAAAUAUGCAUUGGUACAGGGGACUAUGUGUCGAGCAUCAAUACAAUUAACGUUAGCACAAAUCAGGCCCUGUUUUCCAUAGCAAAGCAGAGCUAGCAGUGAGAGCUAGUUUAGCUAACUGUUAACUGUCUCACUCUACGGAGGACGUUCCAGUAGCUAAUGUAGCUACCAUUAGCUAACCUACACUGGUAAACUCCAAUUACCCCGACAUAAUUGAAUAACUGUUCUGUGUUGGCUCGUUAGUAGGCUUGAAAAUGACAAGCACCGUUUUGGAAGUAGGCACGGGCGUCAUCAUCAUUUCGAUCGUUUGGAUUGUAUUUGUUGUGUUUGGGAUGCUGCUGCUGAGAGCAUCUGGAUCUGCGAAGUUAGGCAUUAUCCCCGCAUUCUUAAUAGCUCUCUCCAUCACUUUGGCACUUGUGUUUUUCCCGCGCAGCCCAGAGACAACCCCCCCUUUCAAAGAGACUAAGAUAGUGGACUCUUUGUUCAUCGGACGCUACGUGCUGCUGGCUGUGGUGAGUACAGCCUUUCUGGGGGUGUCCUUCACGCUGCUCCCCUUUCAUUUCCUGGAGCCUGUGUAUGCCAAGGCCUUAAGAACACAGUAGAGCUGCCAAGGUCAGAGCUGGCACGGGGAUCGCAUCGCUGAACACAACCGGGGACAAGGGGGCACGACGAGCCCCCCCUCCCCCGCCAUAUGUGGAAAUGGACUGCAGAAUGCACCCCAAACAGAGACAGCAGGACAACCAGUGUUUCCUUUCUUCAUUGCCAGCUGUUUAUGUACAAGCAGCAGGAAAUAUCCAACAGGAGCCCUAUUACUCAAUGCACAAGAAGAAGAAAAUGUUGUUGUUGUUGUCAUGAUUAGAAUGGUAUGUAACCUUCUGCUUAUCAAUAACGUUAAACAUAAACCAUAAUAUAAUAUUAAAUGACACACAAACAUUGCUAGUAUUUGCAUUUGCAUUCAUGCUUAUGUGAUUAAGUAAAAGAUCUCCUCGUCAUUUUAGUUGGUAAAAUGAUAUUUCUUUUCUUUUCCUAAAUUCCUUUGUGCUCAAAUACUGGAAAUUCAAAUGCUGCGCUUCAACAGAUGUGAUAGAAACUCUCAUCACAUUUAGUUGUCAAACAAUCAGCUGGAACUAGAUUGUUGUCAUGUAAACAAUGGAGACAACCUCAAAUGACUGAUUUCUGAAUAUCAUCUACUUGGUUCAUCUUUGUAUUUGAGCUUUUAGCUUUAAAUAAAAACCCACGUGGCUCUAAUUCAGGGGCCAGGAAAGCAUUCUAUUUACGCACAUUCAUUUUGUUAUCAUGUGAAUAUUGAAGACUUGUCUGAAGACUUCACUAGUCAAUAAAUACAUUUGUUAUUAACUCA